UUGUCAUCUCUGACACUCUGCACCUCUCGUUUAUUGGUACUGUUUGAAUUUUUCGCCUGACUAUUAUGUGUUUAUUUCAAUGCACAAGUGCAUGAGGGCGAGUGUUCCGGAAUAAAAUGUUCACAUGAAAAACAACGAUUUUAGGAGUGAAUUUGUACGAAGGACAAAGAAUUUUCAUGUAGUACUAUUUUUAAAAAUAGAAUUAACAAAGAUCGAAAUAUCUGCAGGAGUUUUAACACUGAGAAUUCUAUAUUAUUUCCUUCCAUUUCCAGUUUUUUGCCGAUUUAACUGAAAAUUAAUGAUGUCUAAAGUAAGGGUAGGCACACAUUCUGGAUGAUUAUCGUAGGGAUGAAAUAAAUUAAAUCAAAAAAUCAAAGUCAUGAACUUUUGCAUAUAGUCUCGUAUGACCCCUCCUCCCAUUCGGUUGUUAACUUUGAUUAGAUCUUCCAACUCUUCAAAACAAGGACUUCGAUUAAAAAUAAUUUAUUCCCACUUUAACUAACCAUCGCGGCAUCUCGCAUCUUCUACUCACUGCUAACAACACUAACCUACGCUCGAAAUGGUCAAUAUUCCUAGCUUUAUCGAUAGACUUUUGUCAGUCAACGACACUUCUAACCCCUCGCUAACACGUUGCAUCAAUGAGGCAGAUAUUGAUGUCGUCAUCGAGAAAUGCACGAAGAUCCUAUUAGCGCAAGCGACAAUGGUUGAGGUUCAGGCGCCAAUUGCGGUCUGUGGAGACAUUCAUGGGCAGUAUACUGAUCUUCUUCGAAUCUUCAACAGAUGCUCAUUCCCGCCGGAUCAAAACUACCUGUUCCUGGGCGACUACGUGGAUCGAGGACGCCAACAACUUGAAGUCAUAUGUCUCCUCAUGGCCUACAAAAUCAGAUACCCAAACAGAUUUUUUAUACUCCGAGGAAACCACGAGUGUGCUUCAAUCAACCGUACAUAUGGGUUUUACGAUGAGUGUAAACGAAGAUAUUCUUUGGCUCUAUACAAUGACUUCCAAAAUCUGUUCAACCAUCUCCCAUUGUGCGCGAUGAUCUCCGGACGAAUCUUCUGCAUGCAUGGUGGAUUGAGCCAGAAAUUGGUUUCCUGGACACAGCUUGCCGAAAUCACGCGUCCAUUCGAUCCACCAAACAAUUCCCUUGCAAUGGAUCUCCUUUGGGCAGAUCCAGAGAACAACAUGACCGGAUGGGCGGAGAGCUCGCGCGGAGUUUCGCAGAUUUUUGGAGCCGACGUAGUAAAGGACUUCACGGAGAAGAUGAAUAUCGAUCUCAUUGCUAGAGGACAUCAGGUUGUUCAAGAUGGAUACGAAUUUUUCGCCGACAAACGCCUCGUGACAAUCUUUUCUGCACCCAAAUACUGUGGAGAAUUCGACAACAAUGCAGCAGUUAUGAUUGUCGACGAGCGGCUCAUCGUUUCCUUCGAGAUCCUGAAGCCAGCCAUAAGAGAAGUGAAAAUUCAAGCUCGCGGAGCAGCAGCCGCCAAGAACAUGUCAACCAGAAGUAUACUCGUGAGCAGCAGAGGACCGAAGUCUAAAAAAGGAUAACUAACCAUUUAUGCAGCUAUUGAUUGUUUCUUACGAAAUAAAUGUUUUAAACUUCACAGUGUA